CAGGUCUUAGCGUUAGCUUCUGUUGUCGUUUUUCGCGGGGUUGUUUUUCAUGCAUUCCCCCUUUUAGUUAUCUUUUGCAAGAAGCUAUUGUAACACAAACUGUCACCAAGAAGACAUCGUUACUUUACAUUCAUUCAGGACGUAGCGGUUAGCUCGUCAAUUAACGUCUGCUAGCUAGGUUUAGCAGACCGGAAGCAGGGACGUAACGUAAACGUUAGCAAGCUAGGCUAACGUAACGUAGCUUAACUUUGGGUUGCCAGUAGUUCGUCCGUUGUCUCGGUGGACAAAAAGUGUCGAUGUCUCUUAGCGGCGUUCACGGAGCGCUGUCUAAUCUGAAGUUAUGUCAGGCCGACAUCGGGACAGGAAUGGAGAUAGUGACAGAUGUUGCUUUGGACCUGGCGGAGGCGCAGGUAAAUGAUCUGGUUACAGAUGAAGGGGGGAUUGCAGGCAUCAAGGAGAUUGAGGCCAUGGUUCUGGAGUGUGCCAAACUGGACAGAGAAAUAAACUGCUUUGUUGACAUUGUGCAACAAGUCACUGCAGAGGUCAGCACACAGCAGCCUGAGACCAUGGUCGACCUGUCUGCCAAAGUGAGGGAGCAGUUCACAGAGAAAUUGGCCACACUCUCUGACGCCGAGCUGCACAAUCACCAGAAGGUAGUGGCCUUCAAGGAAAGCAUCAAGAACUCUGUCAACCAAGCCAACCAAGAGUCAGCGGAGACCACAGAGGAGGAUGAAGACAUCCGUGUCACGCAGAGCCAAGUCAACUUCACCUGCCCACUCACACAGGUGGAAAUGGUGAAGCCGAUGAAGAACAAGAAGUGUAACCACCACUAUGAUGAAGACGCCAUAAUGAGCCUCAUCAAAACCAAACAAAAGCAGAAAAAGAAGUGCCGCUGCCCUGUGGUGGGCUGUGGGAACGCAGACGUGAAACAGUCGGAUCUGAUUCCCGACCAGAUCCUGAGGAGAAGGAUCCAGAGCCAAAAGAGACACAGCAACCCCAUGUAGUGCUGUUUUCUUUUCAGGGGACAGAAUUGUUCAUAAAAGAACCUGUGCCAUGAAGAAAUUGUAUUUUAAGACGGAAUAUGUUGUUCACCUUAUUUCUAAGGCAAUUAUUUUCAUCGGUAUUCAGAUGAAACCAACUAAAUAUUGCUGGUGUUGGUGAGAAUUGAAAAUGUUCUUUUCGGAUCUUUGUACCUAAACUCCUUUUUCUGGAAUUUAUAAUUUAAUAAGUGAUUUAAGCUUUUUUUGUACUCUUGUUGUAUGUAAAUAAAAGCUGCAGACCAUC